GAAGAAGUAUAGCAUACUAUAACAACUUUAUCAUCUCAAUUUUCCUAAUAGUUAAACUGGCAAUCACGGAUUUGAAAACAUUUUUAAGUAAUACUCCACAUGUCCUGAAAGAAAGUGGCACAUAUGACAAAUGUACAACUCUCGUAAACCAUGAACCAUAUUUAUACUACGUAUAUUUUUAAUAUAUUUGUUGAUUUAAAUAAAUGUGUGAUAGCAACUCUCUCUAUGACUCUUUUAUUAUCUUUUGACAAAUGAUGUGAAAUUAUCUUCUAUUCAAACAGGUCUUUUUUUUGGGAUAAACAGAUACUAAGGUGCAGGGAAAAUGUAACCGGAUAUGACACUCCAAUUCUGUUGGAAACAAAUUACAAAUUAAAAAAAACAGUAAUGCUUUAGUCUUCAUCGGUGCCAAAAUAUUUGUCGACAAACUCACCCAUUCCUGGAAUGACACGAUAAUCUUCGUUUAAGUGGGUUUCAAUAUCAGAUGUGACAAUGUUUAUUCUUGGGAAACGUUUGCAAACAACAUGAACACCCGUAGGUGCAGAUAUGAGAUUUAGGAAGAUAAUGUUGCAUACCGGGACACCCUUCUUUAUCAGUAGAGAGCCUGAACUGCUGAAUUCCCACUUCCCAGGAUAGGAUCCAGCAAUAAGACUCGCCUCUCUGCUAUGUCAUGUGGUAGUUUUCAUAGACUAGAUGCUGGCCAUGAUCACUUUCUCGGCGAAUUAGAAAUUUUCCAGUUUUUAUACCCUUACAGCAUGCCGGCAGAGCAUUGUCCAUACUCUCCCCACUUCUAAUUACUGAGACGCCACAUAAUCUCUUACCAAAAUCAUGUACACAAAGCCUGUUGGGGUGAUGACCUGCUUUUCUGUAAAUGGCAGAUGCCCCAUACCAAGUUCAACUACCAAGCGGAUCAACCAGUCAGCAUAAAAUACAAAAUCAUGUUUCGUCAUUUGGGAAUCACAAAUAAGAGUAUGCAUGCCUCGUAUCUUAAAAGUCGAAGGAAUAACGUAGAGAUUGGGAUAUAUUUUACAAAGAUCACGUUGACCAAUAUUUGUGCUUAUGUGCUGGACAAUUAAAUCAAUAGCAACGUGAUAGUCUCCACCCCGGACAAUUAAAACAAUUAUGUGCUGUACUUCUUUGUUGGAAGAAUGCAAUAUCCCUCUCCUUUUCAACUGUGUCACUUCUUAUUCUCCUUGCAAGGCGUACAUCAGCAUCUAUAUCUACAAAUGUCUUCAUAUUCAUCAGAUUUCUGACGCGAGGGUCGUGAAAAAUAAGAAUGCCUUCUAGAAUCAAAACAUCUGAUGGAUUUACCCUUCUCAAUGCAAUGUUUUUGAAAGUCUUUGGAGGUCCUCCCAGUAGCCUUCUAGAAUCAAUGUUUCUGUAGCACCUGCAGGCAUAGUUGUCGAUGGCGUCAAAUGGCGCGCGCGCCAUGCGCCAUGAGGCGCAGUUUUAACCCCUGCGCUACGGAAAAGAGCUGUGGCGAGGCAAAUACACAUGGCGGCGCCAUUCUUGCGCCUUCGCCAUACCUGCGCCUUCGCCAUGGCGAUGCGACUGCCUUUUCUAAAAAGAGGCCGCGUCUUUGAGCUGUAAGUUGUGGCCUUUUGGCCCAUAAUUAUCUGCGACCCAUUAUAACCAUAAAACUGUAACAAAAACUUACUAUUUUUAGCCCAUAUUACUAACUACAACCCUAAAGUCAAUAAACACAACAAAGUCAAUAUCCGGAAGUUAAAGCUGCUCUGCGCAAGAAAGGGUAUGCGACAAACUACAGAAAGGCAAACGACAGAAAAGCUGCUCUACACAUGACUCUCAUUGACUUCUUCCAACUACACAAGAGGUAACCGAAGAGGCAGAGCCACAAAGGAUGUCUGUUGCCUUUGCUAAGGAGUUCUGUGAGAAAGUAAAAGAAAAAAACAACAAUGAAUUGCGCUGCACGUACUGCGGGCACGUGACUAAAGGUGGAAUUACAAGGUUUAAACAACACUUGACUGGGAAGCACCGCAACACAAAAUAGUGUGAACUCAUUCCCGCUGAUAAGAGGGCUGAACUACAGGCGCUAGUCUUGAAAGAAUCUACUGCUAACUCAGAAAAAAAUGUGUGUGAACAAACGUUUCGAAGUACAUACACAGUACAAUAGUCUGGUGGGUCAAGUGCCAAUAGGGUGAAUGGAGAUGAUGACGUUGAGAUAACUGGUUCUCAGUCAAAUGCAGAGGGAGGUGGUGUGUCUGGGCCUGUGGAUAAGUUCGUAUAUCCAACAAAAAAACGUAAGAAGGAGGCAUUGACACAAUCAACAAUCCGAUCACACUUGAAGAAAAAAGAGAGGGAUGAAUAUGCUCAAAGCCUUUGUUUGUGGUUUUACAGGAACAACAUCUCCUUUAAUGUGGUUCAUGACCCUUUGCUGAAAGAAACACUAGAAAAGAUUGGCAGGUUUGGAGCCGGGUUUAAAGCACCAACGUAUCAUGAAGUGAGGGAGACGUUCUUGCGAAAAGAGGUAGCCAAAACAGAUCUGGUGGUCAGUGAGCACAAAAAAUUCUGGGAAUUAGAUGGCUGCACUAUUAUGUCAGAUGGGUGGCAGGAUAAAAGGCACAGAACUCUAGUGAACUUGUGCGUGAAUUCUAGCAAGGGGACAGUGUUCAUGAAAGCCGUAGAUGCUUCAUCUUACAAGAAGACCGGGGAAGCACUUUUCAAGCUCUUUGAUGAGUGGAUUAAAGAAAUAGGUCCUCAAAGUGUGAUACAAGUUGUGACCGACAAUGCUAAAAAUUAUGGAUUAGCGAAGAAGAAAAUAGAACAAAGAUAUCCACAUAUCUUCACAACGGGAUGUGCAACUCACUGUCUUGACCUUGUUCUAGAAGACUUUUCAAAGAAGAUGCCGAUAGUUAGAAGAACUGUGAAGACGGCACAAGGGAUUACUACCUACAUCUAUAGCCAUACCAUUGUUCACAACUUGAUGAAGGAAUUUACCAAGGGGAGAGAGCUAGUUAGACCUGCUGCCACCCGCUUUGCCACUAACUUUCUGACUCUUCAAAGUCUUCUCACGCAGAAACACGCAUUGAGGCAAAUGUUUGCUUCACCGAAAUGGUAUGAAAGUGAGUUUGCAAAAACUACGGAAGGUAAAUCUUGUUUUGAGUCGAUUUAUCGUCAAAGCUUUUGGAGAAGUGUUGCCUAUGUUAUGAAGAUUUCUUUGCCCGUAGUGAAGGUAUUGAGAAUUACUGAUGGAGAGGUGCCUCCAAUGGGCUUUAUUUAUGAGGCUAUGGAGAGAGCGAAAUUGGGAAUAAAAAACACAUUGGGAGGUAAAGAAGAGAAAUACAUGCCUCUUUGGAAGAUAAUAGAUAAACGUUGGAAUGAGAACCUGCAUUCUCCAUUACAUGCAGCGGGGUAUUAUCUCAAUCCUCAAUUCUUCUACCCUAAUUCACGGCGAAUCCUCGGAGAUGAAGAAGUAUGUGAUGGCUUUAUAAAGUGUGUGGAGAAUAUGUUGCCCACUAGCAUUGGAGAGAGUGUAGAGUUCUCAACUGAGAUAUCAAACUAUACAAAUGCUAGAGGAAGUUUCCGAACUAAUAUGGCAAUGAACAAUAGGGACAAACAACCACUGGUUGACUGGUGGCUUGCAAAUGGCUCCUCGUCUCCCACUUUGCAACAUCUUGCUGUUCGGAUCCUUAGUUUAACUUGCAGUGCUUCUGGAUGUGAACGAAAAUGGAGUGCUUUUGAAAAUGUUCAAACCAAGAAAAGGACAAGGUUGCUGCCAAAAAAAAUGAAUGAUUUGGUAUACAUUCGGCAGAAUCAACGUCUUCAAGAUCAAGCUUUCAGAAAAAUGAAAAUAUGUUUGGAAGACAUUGAUGAUUGCAAUGAAUGGAUUGAUGAAGCUGCCGAGCAAAAUGAAAUGGAAAAUUGGGAUGUAGUGGAAGAAGUUGUUGGUGUUAAUGAAGCAAAUCACAUUACAAGAGCAACAACAACAAGAGCAUCAACACUUCAGUUGCACGACGAAGAGGAGAUGGAGGAGACAGCGGAGGCGGAGGAGACAGAUGAGGUUGAAGAUCCCUCUGAUGAUGAACUCAAUGAGGAUGAUGUGCCAUUGCUAUCAGAUUCAGACCAAGAGGAUGAGGAGUGGGAUGAUUGAUGAUGAUUAUGGCAUAAUCAUCAAACAAUAACAAGCUAACAAGCCUAAAUCCUAACAUAUUUUGCAUGACAAGAAACUUCUUUUGAAUAUUAGGUUUUUUGGAAGUACUUUAAACUACUUUAAAGUACUUUAAACUGUUUUUGUGUUGUUAUUCAACUUUUUAUAUUGUUUUGGUGGUUGUGUUGAUCAAGUAUAGUGUCUAUAGUUCGUUUUUGUGUUUUUUU